AAUACUUGUGUACUGUGCAUAUCAUUCCAAGUGAGUAAGUGCUCUAUUGUGUUACUUCCACAGGCCAAGGAACCACUCCAAGAGCUGAGGAAUAAAGUCAUCAAUACAACUGAUGUUACAGAACCUGGAGCUGAUGAAACAUUGAUAACACAAAAAGACAUCACCAGAUUAGAUGAUGGCAGUGAGGGUGAAGAAGGUCAUCUCAGCAUGCUGACAGAUGUUCAGCUUGGAAAAGCUGCACCUGACCGAAGAAAGAAGAAAAAGAAGAAAGAUAGCAAGCAGAAACAGCUUGAAUUACAUCAAGAACAGGUGAACCACAUGCGCAAGAAAAAUGGAAUUCAUGUAUGGGGAGCUGAUAUACCUGAACCUCUGGAUUCAUUUGAAAAGUUGGUGGAUCGUUAUGGUGUAAACAAGACGAUUGUAAACAACCUUCAAAAUCAAGGCUUUGCGGAACCAACACCCAUUCAAAUGCAGGCUUGGUCUCUCAUGCUUCAAGGUCGGGAAGUACUUGGCUGUGCACCUACUGGAUCAGGUAAAACUGCUGCCUUCUUGGUUCCUAUAUUGCAUCAGCUGGGUGGUCCGCAGCGGAAAGGAUUUCGUGCUGUUGUGCUUUCUCCUACACGUGAGCUUGCCAGACAAACACACAGGGAAUGUGUGAGGCUUGCUGAAGGGCUGGGAAUACGUGCAUUCAUCAUUAGUAAUGUCAGCAAAGCCCGGGAGAAAUUUGGCCCUCAGUCUUCUCAGAAGUUUGAUGUGCUUGUCACAACACCAAACCGUUUAAUAUACCUCCUGCAGGAACAUGAUGGUCUACCGCUCAGUUUAUCAAAAGUGGAAUGGCUUAUCGUGGAUGAGAGUGAUCGUUUAUUCGAAGCAGGAGUGCAUGGCUUCAGAGACCAGUUGGCAGCAGUGUACCAAGCCUGCACUGGACCCAAUAUUAAAAGAGCUUUGUUUUCUGCGACGUUUGCCCACGAAGUUCAACAUUGGUGCAAACUAAACCUUGAUAAUGUUGCUAUGGUAUCAGUAGGCCUCAGAAAUACUGCAUCAGAGGAUGUGAAGCAAGAUUUAAUGUACUGCGGGGAUGAAAGUGGAAAACUCUUAGCUCUUCGAGAUAUUUUCCGAAAGGGAUAUGAGCCUCCAGUGCUGUUGUUUGUACAAACCAAAGAGAGAGCAAAGGAAUUAUUUAAGGAGCUGAUAUAUGACAAUAUUAUGGUUGAUGCUAUCCAUUCAGAUCGCACACAACUGCAGCGUGACAAUGUCGUUCGAGCAUUUAGAGAACGAAAAAUUUGGGUCUUGAUAUGUACAGAGCUCAUGGCCCGUGGUAUCGACUUCAAGGGUGUCAAUCUCAUAAUCAAUUAUGAUUUCCCACCAUCAGCAAUCAGUUACAUCCAUAGAGUGGGACGAACAGGAAGAGCUCAUCACCAAGGGCAUGCAAUUACAUUCUGGACAAUGGCUGACAAGCCUUACCUAAGAAGUGUUGCACAUGUGAUUAAGAGCUCUGGUCAAGAUGUUCCGAGUUGGAUGCUUACACUUAAGAAACCAAAGAAAAAUGAAAAGAAGAGGUUAUCUACCCAGCAGCCAAAACGAGGUCACGUCUCACAAGGGGUUCUUUAUGAGCAGUUCAACAAGCGUAAACGAAAGGAAAUGGUGAUGAAAAGCAGAAAAAGAAAGUUAAUGAAAAGUGCAAAAGAAAAUGGAGAAGAAAAGGAAGUGAACGGAGACAUGGAUGUGGCUCAAGAGGCAGUAAACAAACAGAUGAAGAAAAAGAAGAGAAAUUUAAAUAUUGUUGGUAAUCAAUAAAGAACAUCACAAAGUC